AUGCGUUUCCACGUUGUAACCCUCUUUCCAGAGGCCUUUGAAGGCGCGACCAGUUACAGCAUUCUGGGUCGCGCCGUGCACCGUGGCCUCGUUUCCGUAACUGUUACCGACAUUCGCAAAUUCACGUUCGACCGGCACGGCACUGCAGACGAUUACCAGUUCGGAGGCGGGCCGGGCAUGGUAAUGAAACCCGAGCCCAUAUUUCGUGCGGUCGAGGAUGUGUUGGAAUCCCUGCCUCCGGAGGAACCAGACCUAAUCCCGAUUCUUCUCAUGUCUCCCCAGGGUGAACAGCUGAAUCAACGAUUGAUCGACGAACUGGCGGUUGCCCCCGAUAUCGUUAUUGUCUGUGGGCACUACGCUGGAGUAGAUGAACGAAUCCGCACCGGUCUGGCUACUCAUGAAAUCAGCAUUGGAGACUAUGUGCUAACCGGCGGUGAACUGGCCGCCAUGGUCGUCAUCGACGCGGUUUCGCGGUUCAUACCCGAUGUGGUAGGGUCAGCCGAAAACGUGCAUGAAGACAGCAUCACUUCGGGAUUGCUGCAGCAUCCGCUGUACACCCGUCCAGUGGAGUUCCGAGGCAUGACGACUCCCGAGGUGCUUCGGUCUGGAAAUCAUGCCGAAAUCGCUCGUUGGCGCGGCCGCCAACAAUCCCUUGAACGCACGUUGCGCCUGCGACCCGACCUGCUGCGGUUUGCGGAACUCAGCAAUUCUGACCGGAUCUACCUGGAACAGCUGGGCUGGUCCGGAGAAUCCGGCGAUCCAUCAAACAACCCAGCCGACCAAGCACGGGAACGCCAGGCAUUGGAUCGGUAG